AUUUUUUAGGGAUUCUGUUUGGAAAAUGCCAAGCCGGAAGUUUGCUGAUGGCGAGGUGGUGAUGGGCCGUUGGCCGGGAAGUGUCCUGUACUAUGAAGUACAAGUGACCAGUUACGAUGAUGUUGCUCAUCUUUAUACUGUCAAGUACAAAGAUGGAACUGAACUUGCACUGAAAGAAAGUGAUAUAAGGUCACAGUCAGCAUUCAAACACAGGAAGAGUCAGUCUUCUUCAAGUUCUCCCUCCAGAAGAAGUAGCAGCAGAUCUCGGUCUCGGUCUCGGUCUCCUGGUCGGCCAGCAAGGGGCAGACGUCGUUCUGCUUCCCAAAGCAGAGAACACAAAGAUGACAAAAAGAAAACCAUUCAGGAGACCAGCUUAGCUCUACCGAAACCGAGUGAGAAUAACACCAAGAGGUACAAUGGUGAACCUGAGAGUACAGAAAAAAAUGACACAUCCUGCAUCAUCUUGGAGCAAAAGUUAAAACCAGACCUGGAAAUCAAGCGUGUGCUUGAGCAGUACAGCUUGCGUUCGAGGAAAGAUGACAAAAAAGAAGAGAUCUAUUCAGAGAAAAAGACUUUGGUGGCUGUAAAACCAAUUGAGAAAGUACCAACAAAAACAAAGGAGCUGGAAUUUGGGGGAAGAAUUGGGACCUUCAUGCUGAUAUUUCUUCUGCCUGCUACUGUAUUCUACUUGCUGUUGAUGUGCAAACAAGAUGAUCCGAGCCUUCUGAACUUCCCUCCUCUGCCAGCACUUGAGAGUCUUUGGGAGGGGAGAGUGUUUGGUGUCUUUCUUCUGUGGUUUUUCCUUCAAGCUGUGUUUUACUUGCUGCCAAUUGGAAAGGUUGUAGAAGGCCUGCCCCUUUCCAGUGGAAGGAAACUGCAGUACCGGAUAAAUGGGUUUUAUGCUUUUAUUUUGACUGCUGCAGCUAUUGGAGUUUUAUUAUACUUUCAGUUUGAGCUUCAUUAUUUGUAUGACCACUUCAUGCAGUUUGCAGUGUCAGCUGCAGCUUUUUCUUUGGCACUGAGCAUUUAUCUGUACGUUCGAUCCCUGAAAGCACCUGAGGAAGAACUAGCACCAGGUGGAAAUUCUGGAUAUUUUAUUUAUGAUUUUUUUACUGGACAUGAAUUAAACCCUCGUAUUGGCAGUUUUGACCUCAAAUACUUCUGUGAGUUGCGUCCAGGAUUAAUUGGCUGGGUUGUUAUAAACUUGGCAAUGCUCUUGGCUGAGAUGAAGAUCCACAAUCUCAGUGUGCCAUCCCUGUCCAUGAUUCUUGUGAACAGCUUCCAGCUCCUCUAUGUGGUGGAUGCUCUUUGGAAUGAGGAAGCCAUUUUGACUACAAUGGAUAUUACCCAUGAUGGAUUUGGAUUCAUGCUGGCAUUUGGAGAUUUGGUGUGGGUUCCAUUUGUCUACAGCCUGCAGGCCUUCUACUUAGUGGGUCAUCCCAUCACAAUUACUUGGCCUGUUGCUGCUGCAAUUACUGUUCUGAACUGUAUUGGGUAUUACAUAUUCCGUAGUGCAAAUUCUCAGAAAAACAAUUUCCGACGGAAUCCAGCAGAUCCCAAAUUGGCCAAUCUGAAAUUUAUACCCACUGCAACUGGAAAAGGGCUUCUUGUCACGGGUUGGUGGGGUUUUGUUCGUCACCCUAAUUACCUCGGUGACAUCAUCAUGGCUCUGGCAUGGUCCCUACCCUGUGGUUUUAAUCACAUUUUACCCUAUUUCUACGUGAUCUAUUUCAUCUGCUUGCUUGUUCAUCGAGAGGCUCGUGAUGAACACCACUGUAAGCAAAAGUAUGGCUUGGCCUGGGAGAGGUAUUGCCAGCGCGUCCCGUACCGCAUCUUCCCUUACAUCUACUAGAGCACUCCAAGGGCCUGAUGGGCAGAUUAUUGCUACAGUUAGUUUCCUUGCAGAGAAAAAGAUACCUCUUACCUUUGCACU